ACAAAAUGGCUGACGGAGAAGCUCACCUAAAUAAUCCUGUGCAAAAUGGUGUUCCUGCGGCAAAACAAACACCAACUCAAGCCAAUACAACUGGAGAAAUGAGCAGGCCAAAUAAUCUACAACGCAUUGCACAGAAAAAAGCACUCGUCAGAACGUUCCCGCGACCAAAGAAACUCGAAAAACUGGCUGUUUACUCCUCGUGCAAGGUUGAAAGUUGUAAAUGCAAUGGCUGGAAGAACCCCAAUCCCCCACCUACCCCGCCUAGAGUGGACGUCUCACAACCCCUGGCCAACCUGACAGAUCCUUGUCGUAGCUGCUCUCACACUCUAGAUGCCCAUGUUUCUCAUCUGGAGGACACAGAUGCUGAUGAGUUGGAUCGGCUGUUGCGUAUUGUCGUUGAUGUGGAGAAUCUCUUUAUGUGUGUGCACAAAGAGGAGGAUGCUGAAACCAAACAAGUCUACUUUUAUCUGUUUAAGCUUUUACGAAAAUGCAUACUCAACAUGAGCAAUCCCACAAUAGAAGGUCCACUAGGAAGCCCGCCAUUUGAAAAGCCUAGCAUUGCCAAGGGAGUGACCAAUUUUGUGCUCUACAAGUUUGGUCACCUCGCCCAGAAGGAGUGGCAGACGAUGUAUGACCUUGCCAAGAUGUUCCUACACUGCCUGAACCACUGGAAGCUGGAAACACCCACCAGUCGACAGCAGCAUGCCGGCUCUGAAGAUAUAGCAACCUACAAAGUCAAUUACACAAGGUGGUUAUGUUAUUGUCACGUGCCUGCUUUCUGUGACACCCUGCCCCGCUAUGAGACUACACUGAUAUUCGGUCGCACGCUACUCCAGUCAGUGUUUCAAACCAUGCGGCGGCAACUGUUAGAGAAGUUCAGAGCUGAGAAAGACCGCAUGCCUCACGAGAAACGCACACUUGUGCUCACACACUUUCCAAGGUUCCUGACAAUGCUGGAGGAGGAAGUGUAUGGGGAGACCUCACCUAUCUGGGACCCUGAGUUUACACAGGCCAACAACCACACAGAUGGCAGCCUGAACUCUUCCAUGAAGACAGAGAAUCCCAACCUUACGCCGAUUGCUUUACGGCGAUCCUCCAGAAAUGAAGCAAUAGCAGUAGAGAAGCGAAAAAUGGAGGAGCUAGUCCCGCCCCCUGAGGAGGUCAAGAGGUCAAAGGUUGAGGGCGAUGUCCCAGCUGACCUGGUCAGCGAGAUUGUGGCUACAAUCACUGACCCGGAGGAAAUGGUCGGACCUGACUCAGCUCUGUACCCGAGCCAUGCGUCGCGUGAUGAAGGGGCCAGAAAUGAGGAAAAGAAAGGGGUCAUAGAGUUCCACGUGAUCGGCAACUCCCUGAGUCGCAAACCAACCAGACAGCUGCUCAUCUGGCUCAUCGGUAUGCAGAAUGUGUUCUCUCAUCAACUUCCCAGGAUGCCAAAGGAGUACAUCACACGACUUGUAUUUGACCCGAAGCACAAAUGUCUUGCGUUGGUAAAAGACAACAAUGUGAUAGGAGGCAUCUGUUUCCGCAUGUUCCCUUCACAAGGCUUCACUGAGAUUGUCUUUUGUGCAGUCACCUCCAACGAACAAGUCAAGGGUUAUGGCACUCAUCUGAUGAAUCACCUCAAAGACUACCACAUCAAGCACAACAUUGUACAUUUCCUCACAUUUGCUGAUGAGUUUGCAAUAGGAUACUUCAAGAAGCAGGGUUUCUCCAAGGACAUCAAGCUGUCCAAGUCUGCCUACCUGGGCUACAUCAAGGACUAUGAGGGCGCCACUCUGAUGGGAUGUGAGCUCAACCCACGCAUCUGCUACACAGAGUUCUCAAAGACCAUACGCAAACAGAAGGAGAUAGUGAAGCGUAUCAUAGAGCAGAAGCAGAGUGUGUUCCAGAAGGUCUACCCGGGCCUCACCUGCUUCAAGGAGGGGGUGAGGCAGAUCCCCAUUGAGAGCAUCCCCGGGUUGCAGGACAGCGGCUGGAGACCGGCUCCUGAUGCAGUAACUGAGACUGUGAUGGACUCUGAAGAACUUUACAACAGCCUCAAGACAAUUCUGCAACACUGCAAGACUCAUGCCAGUGCGUGGCCGUUCUUGAAGCCAGUGGAGAAAGCAGAGGCACCCGACUAUUACGACCACAUUCGUUUCCCGAUGGAUCUGAGGACUAUGGGAGACAGACUGAAGAACAGAUACUACGGCCACAAAAAGUUGUUCAUUGCAGACAUGACGCGAAUCUUCACAAACUGUCGAUCAUACAACAAGCCUGAUACAGAGUAUUACAAAUGUGCCAAUGUUAUGGAGAGGUUCUUCAAAAAUAAACUGAAGGAAUUCAAUCUGGCUGACCAGCCUAAACCUGUUGUGGAUAGUUGAUCAAAGCAAUAUAAAUAAAUAUAUAAAAAAAUCGGUCUGUUAGAUCAGCCAAAACUGGGUUAAUAUGAAAAAGUGAUACAUAAAGACAUGAUGAAAACGUGAUUUUUUUUUACUCUUGAAAAGCCAUUAGGCGAUUGUAGAAUAUUUUAGCCUUGUUUUGGGACACAGUCUAAACAGGCUUAGGGACGACACUUUCCACUUUAAUGGAAUUAUUUGUUUAAAGAAGGUCACUUCUAAACAAAAUUGUGUCUAGGCAAAAAGUCCCUGAUCAGCCUUUGUGGACUGAAUGGGCUAUUCUGGGACGAUACUUUGAAGUAAAUGCAUUAGGCUAGUUUUCCAGAGGGAGUCUUGUUUGCAGUCUUUGACUAAUAAACAGUGUGUUCAAAAUGACAAUAAACUGAAAGAGUGGAAUGUGUUGGAUAAGCCAUAGACUAUUUGCUGGUGUGGUCAGUAUCACAUUGUUAUGAAUCUCUAGAUAAACCUCUUAUCUGAUCAUUAAUUAUACUUCAUUUAUUCAUUUCACAGAUGUGUACAUCUUUGCAGUGUCAUCUUUAAGAAAGUUUAUUGUAGAGUGAUCUUGCUUCAGGGUAUCCGCAAACUGGUCAAAACAUUUGUAAUUCAAAAACUACAUUUUACGAUAAAUUAGACUAUUUUUAAACUUCUGGUCAUAAAAUUGUGAUUUUUUUAGAGUAAUAGUUUCUUGGUUUCCAUACUUACGUUUGGAACAAUGUUGGUAUGAAAAUAUUAACAUUAAUAUAGACAUAAAAUGAUUCAAAUUUGUGUUAGGAAUGAAGAAAAUGUGACGUUAUAUUUCAUGUUAAGGCUACUGGUCCAAUUUGAUUGUGAAUAAAAAUUGUGCCACAAAAAUUAAAUGGUUUAGACUGAUAAGAACCUUAAAUUUGGAAAGAUUUGUAUUUUUUUAUGGCUUUUAACUUAUUCAAACUCAUUUUAUUGAUGUGUUUUGUAUUAUAAUUGAUUAUUUAUUGAUUGCAUUUUUUAUGAAUGAAAAAAAGAAUGUCUUACUGAUAUUUUUGUUUGAUAUGAUAUUGAAUACAUGGUAGGAUAA